AUGGCACACUCGGACUCGGACCUUUCUUCGCUUUCAUCAGCUCCGCCUACUGAUGACGAGACGGCCAUGGCUAUCGACGAGCCUGUUGGGAUUGCAAAGUACUUCAAGAAGGAGUCGGAGACUCCGCCGCCAAAGCGGGAGCCAUCGCCGCCGCAUGAAUACGUUCUAGCAGAUAACCCUCAUAUCCCGUUCAUCGUGACAUUCCGCGCGCGUUUCCACGAAGCUUUCCCCCGAAGCCUGCCACACUUCGGACCACAAGACAUUGAGAAGGGAGUAGAGGACUCGGUUCCCGGAGAAUAUAUCGAGCGCCUACUAUGCGCACUAUUGGGACUCGUUUUGAAUCGCAAAAAAGAUGUUGAACGAAAUCACUUUACGCGACCACUAGAGGAGGCGAUUCAGGUUCAUCAAUCGCAAUGGCCAAAGGCAUGGGAGGGCAAGAACCCCUUACAUGGUGGCCGCACCUUUGCGACCAUGUCGCCUGAAGAACGGCUGGAACUCCUCCGCGCUUUGAUCCUCUGGUCUCUUUCAUCAUCCGAUGCAAUCCAGGCGAAGAUUAAGGAAUCCUACAAGCAGUCCCGCCAUGAUGACGAUCUCAACCAGCCUCUUUCAGUCCAGCCCUGGGGCAGGGAUAGCUUGAAACGUCGUUAUUGGCUUAUUGAGGGGCAAGAUGAUACCCACUUCCGGUUAUACCGUGAGAGCAACCCUGCUCUCAAGACCAAUACCUGGUGGAGCGUUGCUGGAGAUAUUCCAGAAAUGCAGGCUAUUGCCGAUAGAUUGCAAGAGGAGAAAGGCAUCAACUCGAAAAAGCUCAGCGAACGAAUCCGAGCUGCCAUCCCUCGGUUUGAGGCUUCGGAAGAGAAACGCAAGCGCCGCGACUACCGUCUUGCUCGAAAGGCCGCAUUUGCCCGACCAGAGCCUGGGUUCUCUCUAUAUGAGGGCCGCACUCGUGGCAAGAAACUCAAGUAUACCUACGACGACGAGGAGGACAUUUUUUCAGAUGAUCAACCCACGCGACGGUCAGCUCGGAACUCAUCUGGUGUAACAGCAGCCGAACCGUCGCGCCCUCGAUUCACUGCAAGUGGUCGGCAAGUGAGAUCCCGGGCCGGCGGCGCCUACGGUGAAUCAUUGCUCAGCGGCCAGCGCGAGGACUCUGAAUAUGAGGAAGAGGACGACACGAGGCCUCAAAGGAGCCGCACGUCGACUCAUCCUAAUGGUUAUUCUGGCUAUGGCGAUGAGGACCUGGACGAUGAGUCAGAAGCUCGUUCCAAUGAUAGUGGAAAUGAGUGGGACGGUGGAGACGAGGAAGAAAAUGAUUUUGAGGGCGAUGAUGAAGGAGACGACGCGAGUGGGGAUGAAUCUAUCGUCAACGGGGAGCCUAGAAGCUUGGUGGUACAGCUUCGAUACGGCAAAGGGAGUGCGCAUGCUGGGCCUCAAGAUCCAGAUGAGCCUCCUCCUGCCAAGGAUGCCUUGAUGGAAGAUACUGGGCAAGCUGGUGUGUCUCAAAGGCCAUCUGGGCCUGUCGACACACCACAGCAGAAUUUGGCGCCGGGACCUGUUGCAGCUGCGUCUAUGACUACACCUGGUUUCCCUUCUGUACCAGCCCUUCAGGUACCUUCACAACCAGCAGCCUCAAAACCGACCGGACUGCCCAUGUCUGCACUGCUGAACGCCCCAGAGCCCGCCCCUCAGGUAUCGACCAAAGCAUAUCAUCAGCCUCAAGCACCAGAAGGGCCGAAAACCGGUCACCCGGUUGCUGUGAAUGGCUGGAAUGGGUCUCAUCAGGGCGCUGAACAUCGCCCCGGCUCCGAGCUGCCUCGUGCGCAGGCGCCGCCAACCAGCUGA